AUGGAAUUCCCAAAAUACCUGAAAGUUGCCGCUGUAAAUGUCUGGCCGUAUUAUAUUUUCAAGGAUCCUAACAACAUCUCAGAUUUCUCAGGAAUUGAAGGAGAAUUACUCAAACUUCUAGCUGAAAGGCUGAAUUUCAAAUAUACGCUUCUCUUGCCAACAGAUGGUCAGCAGUUUGGCUUCAAAGAUUCUUCCGGAACCUGGACAGGUGUCAAAGGAAUGGUCGCGAGGGGCGAAGUGGACUUGACUGUCUCUCAUUUAGGCAUUACCGAAGAAGUAUUUAAAAUAGCAGAGAUGAGUGCACCUUAUUUCGAUGACCACAAGACGUUUGCUUCUGACUUACCACACUCUCUGCCCAAAUACACAGUUCUAAUUCGACCAUUCUCGGCAUAUGUGUGGAUAGCGAUUGUCUUUUGUUUUGCUUUCAUCCCUCUUAUCUUUCAUUAUCUAACAAUUCUCAAACAAAUUAAAUGUAAAGAUAUUGCUGAAAAAGUAGAUGAUGCAAGACCCGCCAAGCACAAUUCGCUAAUUAGAGCGACUGGAAUCUUAGAUGGAUUCUUGUUGAUUUCCAAAACGCUUCUCAUAUUUAUAUAUACAUCUGUUAUUUUAUCUGCCUUCACUGUGGAACGCAAAGGAAAUGUGAUUCGGACAGCUGAGGAACUAGCGCCUCUGUUGGAAUCGAGAACAUACAAGUGCAUGUUGUUAAAAGGGACCGUUAUCCCAAACAUUCUAAUGCGAAGUAAUUUGAAGCAUUUAAGAACCAUCGGGUCUGUGAUAAAAAAUUACCACGAUAUUUACAUUCCUGCAGAAUAUCAAAUAAAACCAUUUGAAGAAAAAAGAGUUGUCAUUGGUUCGAAGCUGCUGUUACAAAUAAUGCACGGUUCGAGUAAAUACAUCUCACAUGACUCUUUGGAUGUUGCCAGCAAAGGUGUGAUAAUGAAGAAAGGUUUCUGUUGCAUGGAUCGCUUCAAUACAGUCCUUCUUCGCAUAGUGAGCGGAGGUUUUUAUGAAAAAUUUAUACGUGAUAUAACCUCUCCGCAAGAAAUAAGAAUUUCCUCAAUAUUGCCCCGCACUAAUACCGUUAUCAAGCUGGAUUUGAAUGAUCUGUCUAGUAUAUUCUUCGUUCUUAUCAUAGGUUAUAUUUCUUCUUUUGCGUUACUUUUAUUAGAAAUUGUGCAUAACCAAUGGCGAAGGAAAAAAGCUCUUAAAUGA